GGUAGAAUACCUUUAAAAAUGGUACAAGAGAAGAGAAAAAGAGACGAGCACGUUGAUCUCGAGGUGUCAGAGUAUAACGAUGCUCAAUCGCUAGCUGUGGGCACCUUUUUCAACGGGUUUACUGUCCCUGCUGAUGCCAAAUUCGAUCUCUACAAGAACAAGAAGAACCAAGGUGUGAUAUUCCACGGUGAGAAUGAGCGGUUGGAAUACGAUGGCGAGCCAUCGAACGAUGCCAGCGACUCCAGCGAAUAUGCCAUCGCGGUGUACGAUCCUGUGAAGAAGUCUGUUGAAUUGUACAAGGCUCCUGUUCUCCUGGGCACUAUCACUUCAAAGGCGCAUAAGAGCAUCAGAGGGCCUAAGGUUAGACAGAACAAUGUGCGUUUCAACGUGCAAAGAAACGCGCUUGGUGAAGCUUUUGGUACCAAGAAGGCUAAGAAGGCCAUCUCUGACCUGGAGAGAAACCGUAUUGACGCGGAGAAGCUUGCAGAUUCUCAAGCUGAUAUCAUCGACUCUGUCAAGACGAGUACCGUCUCAUUGCCAACCAGAAAGGAGCUCGAUCAAACUGUGUUGGACGAUAGACCAACGCCACUUGCUAAUGUCGACGCAAGAUCUGUGGAGGAUAUCUACCCGGUGGAGAAUAUCAUCACCAAGAGAGAGUUACAAUUCAUCCGUGCGGGUCCUAUACUCAAGGAGAAGGAACUCAAAGAGAGAUUGGAACUCUUACCAUAUCAAGAAUCACCAUUCCUCAAGGCACAGCUCUCCACCAUCAGCGAUGAAUCACAAAUGCAAAAAUUGCAGCUCAUCUACUACGCUUCUCUACUCAUGGGUGUGUACCAGAACAGACGUAUUUCAAACAAGAAUGCUCUUUCAUCACAGUUGAACAACCCACCAGAGGUGCUCAUGGAUGGGAUCUUGGAGAAGUUUGCGAUCUCAAGACCUGGUCAAUUCGGACGUUCCAAGGAUAGAGGCUUCACCAUUGAUCCACACCACGAGGAUAAGCUGUUGUGUUAUCUCUUGGCCACCAUCUUCCACAUCAACGGAUUCCUUAUCGAAGUUACGCCAUUGGCACAAGAACUCUCGCUCAAACCUUCAAGGCUGGUUGGGCUGUUCAAGGCUCUAGGUGCCGUUGUUAAAAAUGCCACUGUCGCUGAAGCUGAAGCGUUUGGUAUCCCUAAGGCUGCAGCCUCUUCGUACAAGAUUGCUUCCCUCAAGGUUCCUUUCAAGAUGCCACAGAUGACAAGAAGAGGGAGAAAGACAUGAUAGUUGUAUACAUAGAGAUUAUUUGCGUUGUUAAUUGGUAAUAUCAUCCCAUGAACUGUCG